AUGGAGCACAUGACGUUACAAAACGAAAUUAUUACUCUGCGCUGCGACAUAUUUCUUAAAGCAAGGUCAUCCUCAGGUCAAGAUAUCUGGGCAUUGGUUUCCAAAGAAAAAUAUCCAAAUUUGAAGAAUUGUGUUGAACAACUUCAUUCGUGUUUUGGUUCAACAUAUUUAUGUGAAUCAGCAUUUUCCUACUUAAAGCAAACAAAAAGUAAACACCGUUCUCGCUUGACAGACGCUCAUACAUUGGAUUCUUUAAGGUUGGCAAUGUCCAACUACAAACCUGAUUAUGCUAAACUAGUGGAAGUUACUCAGACGCAAUGCUCACACUAA